AUGUCUCUCUGGAAGUGGUUGACCAUCUCCUUCAUCUUCCUCGCAGCCUCUCCCGUUCAAGGCCAAAAUCAAAAUCUCGUCAAACGCAGUAGCUCGUCGUCGUCUCCAGUCAACUCCUCGCUUCCAACAGCCCUUUGCGAGAUCGCUACCGCCCUGUGCGCUGCUUGUCCACCAAGUGCCACAGCCACCACCGUGACCACCACGGCCACGGUCACCAUAACUCAAGUUUCAUCCGAGGUCCUCACUCGCACCGUGACAGAAUGCGUCACAACUCCAACAGCUACACGCCCUAGCUCGGCCAUUCCGACUCCCAGUUCCAGUGCACGACCGGGUAGUUCGACACCCUUGGGUCCUGGAACGAGCAGUAGCCCUACUACACGGACUCGACCUACGAACGGUACCCCGACAAUGUCCAUGUCUCGAGAGACCACGACAACCAGACAUGAGAGUACAAUGGAGACAAAAACCACUCGGCCCUUUUUCCCUGGUAAGGAUUCCUUAUCACUCCGAAUCCUCGACGAUUCCGACGACAAAUCAUCCCAUUCUGAUGAGAGGUCGCUUGUGGGACAGAAUUACCGAGUAAUCUGA